GAUUUUGAUGGGUUCACUUCACAGCUUCUAACAGGCUGUGCAACUGAAGCGCCCAAGCCUUGUUUCUCGUCGACUUCACUAUCCUGACUGCUUUGUUUACUGUCGGUCCGUACACCAAAUUGCGCCUCACCACUUCUGCUAUGUCUUGCAGAUGAUCUCGUCUUCACACAUUCUUUUCUAUGUUGUCAUGAACGCUGCUCUUUUUCUAAUCACAGGAAACGAAACAUGUUCUCAGCCGCAGACAUCGGAGCACUUUGCCAGGGUUGAAAUCAUGAAGCUGGGAAGCAUCCAUAUUUUGCAGAACAAGGUCGACUUGAUCAGGCUCUUGAGCAAUUGUUGUAUUUAUUAAGGGCACGGUCAUCACUCAUCGUUCUGUUAUGCAAC